GUCUGUUAUUGGUAUCAUGGCGGGGAUUAACAGAUCGGGGGACUUGGCCAACCCCCAGAAAAGUCUCCCCUUAGGGACCUUAUCGGCCAUUGGGGCCACCUCCCUGGUGUACCUCACCUGCCUGGUCCUCUUUGGGGCCACCUUCGACAACCUCUUCGCCAGGGACCGGUGGGGUGACAGCGUGUUUAGACGCCACGUGGCCAUCACGACCAUCGCGUGGCCUCAUAUGAACGUCUUCUUCAUCGGGGCGGUCUUGGCCGCCGUGGGGGCGGCGACGCAGGCGCUGGUGGGGGCGCCGCGAAUCCUGCAGGCGGUCGCCCAGGGCGCCGGCAUUACUGGCUUGGCGCCCUUUGCAAGGACCAGUGCCCGUGGGGGGCCCUUGAGGGCCCUUAUGUUGACGGCAGUUAUAUGCCUGGUCAUGAUCCUGAUGGUGGAAAAUAGGAUGGGGAUCAUAGGGAUCCGCAUGGGGAUCAACCUGAGCACAUCAUCCCUGUGGAUCAUCGUGAGCACAUGUUUCCUCGUAUCCUACGGCGCCGUCAAUCUCGCGAGCCUCAGCCAGUCCUACCGCAAGACCUACCGCUGCAAGUACCACCACUGGACCAUGUCGUUCAUGG